AUGGCCAACCCCUUCCACGUUCUGAUCGUAGGUGCGGGUUCCGCCGGCCUCGCCGCUGCCGUCCUCCUCCACAAGACCCUAACAACCCACUCUCUCCCCUUCAGAAUCUCCAUCUUCGAACUUCGCUCUGGUCCAUCAACUCUAGGGGGCGCCAUCAACCUCACUCCUAACGCCGUCAAACUCCUCGAUCACAUAGGAAUCCUGAAAGAUCUCAAAAAUUCAGGAUGUUCUGUAAAAACAAUAGAAAUAAUUUCCUCUCGUACCCUCACCCCACUCGGAAAUCUGACCUUCGGAGACGUAGACCGCUAUGGCGCCAACAGUCUACGUAUCGCGCGUAAAGAUCUUCAAGCAGCUCUCCUCGCUAAAGUCGCAGAAUUGGGGAUUGAGGUUCUAUUCUCCAAACGGUUAGAAAAUAUAGAACAAACGGCAAAUGACAUUACGGCUUUAUUUAUCGACGGAUCUAGUGUAAUUGGUGAUAUCCUUCUCGGCUGCGAUGGAACCCAUUCCGCCGUCAGGAAAUGCAUCGAUCCCGACCGUAAACCAAUCUAUACCGGUCUCUCGAACACUUAUUCCUAUGUCAACCCAAAGGACUUGUCUUCACUACCACUCAAAGAUACAUCCGCGAUCAUCCAAUGCCGUGUUGGAUCUCUCCUUCUAACGUGGAGCACCCCAUCCAGAUCCGAAAAGCUAUUCUGGGCGGCGGUAAUGGAGGUCCCUGCACCCCAAGAUCUGUCAAAAGAUGGGUGGAGAACCAUGGGCGAUGAUGUCACAAAGAUGAAGCAGAGAGUAAAAGAUACAUAUUGCUCCGAAAGAGAUCCCCAGAUGGGAUUUUUCGCUGAUUUGUUGGAGCAAACGAACGACGAUGUAUACUUUUAUCCCGUAUGGAAGCUCGAGAUGAGUGAUAAAUGGUGGGAAGGAAGGUGUUUAUUGCUUGGGGAUGCAGCCCAUGCUAUGCCACCAUUAGCACAGGGUGUUGGAUUAGCCGUUGAAGACGCCGCUCUUCUUGAUAAGUUACUAAACGCUCACAUUCAGAACACUAAAAAUGCAAAUAACGGGGAUAUCAACAUGAAAGAAGUACCUUGGGAGGAUAUCUCCAAACGGCUAGUAAAAAUCAGAAUGCCAAGAGUAAAAAAGGAUUACGACCGAUCAGUUGGCGGGUUUGAGGGAUUGAAGGAUAAAGGAUGGUUCGCUGCGGCGCUUAAGGACUGGCUCGUAUGGUUCUACCUAUGGGCGGUAGGUGUCAAGUUCGAUGAGGCUUUCAAGUAUGAUGUUAUGAAAGAGCUCCUGGAUUAA